AUGUCUUUUGGCACAAAGAAAAAUAGAAGUCCUGCAUCAGCCUGCCCCAGUGAAGCCGUACGUUUUAGCCCAUAUCACAACAAUGGUCAGAGACUCUGGGAUCCCCCACCUGACCCAAAAACCCACCGGAUCCACCGAAGCCGCCAGACCCUCCAAAGGAACCCCCGGGAAAUACCCACCAGGAUCCUCCCACCUAUCCAAACCGCCGGAUCCCCCGAAGCCGAAAGAGCCCCCGGGAAUGAACCACCUAAAUCCCCCGGACAAUUCCGCCUAAAGGGUCCUCUACCCCGGUUUCCCAAAAUCCACCGGGACCCCGAAGCCCCCGAACUUCAAAAUCCGCCCGAAUCCCCCCCCAAAUCUCCCAAAUCCCCCUCGGGAAACCCCCAAAGAAUCCCCCAAACGCGAACCGAAGCCUCGGGAGCCAAAUCCCCCGAUCCCCCUGAAACCCCACCCCCUGAGCCUCCAGAAUAUCCUGCUGAUGAUCCUCCACCUAAAGCCGAAUCCACCGGACCCAAACCACUCAAACCCCCCCUUUCCCCUCCUCCCCCCUGGGCCGGGAAAUUGCGAGGCCCGGGCCCACGGGGCCCCUGGGGUGGCUUCGGCCCGGGGAUUUGGUCGGGUGGAGGGUCCCAGGGGGAUAUUCCGGGGGAUCAGGGGGUUUUUUCGGGGCUUGGCGGUUCGGUGGAUCCCGGUGGAUUUGGGUCAGGUGGAGGGGUUUGGGGAUUCCGGUGGAUCAGUGGUUAUUUUGGGGGCUCUGGCGGUUUCGGGGGAUCGGUGGAUUUGGAUCAGGUGGAGGUCCUUGGGGGAUAUCCAGGAUUUGCUCCAGUGUACCCAGACCUAUUUAAAAUCGACAGUUGCUUAGAUUUACUGUUUCAUCUGGGCCCCAUAUUGUACGUUUUCUCACUCCUGUGUCUGAGCUAA